AUGCCGUCCUUCAAGUCCGUCCAAGUGCACACCAAGUCCAAGGACUUCCGCGCGGCCACCAAGAUCGUGGACGUGCCGGAAGUGCCGGCACCGGCUGCCGGCAACGUCGUGGUCAAGAACCACUACUUGGGCAUCAACGCCACCGACAUCAACCUCACUGCCGGCGCCUACACCGGCACGCUGCCGCCCCCGUUCGGCUGCGGCCUGGAGGCUGCCGGCAUCGUGUCGGCCAUCGGCGAGGGCGUGACCACCGUAAAGGUGGGCGACGCCGUCGCGUACCAGAAGUUCGGCGCCUUCGCCGAGUACGUGGAGGUGCCGGCGGCCAACCUGAUCAAGACGCCGGAGCUGUCGCCGGCAGUGCUGACCAUGACGGUGGGCGGCAUCUCGGCCUCCAUCGCGCUGGAGCAGAUCGGAGAGAUGAAGUCGAACGAGACGGUGUUCGUGUCGGCGGCUGCCGGCGGCACCGGCCAGUACGUCGUGCAGCUGGCCAAGCUGGCCGGCAACCACGUCAUCGGCACGUGCAGUUCGGACGAGAAGGUGGCGCACCUCAAGAAGCUCGGCUGCGACCGCGUGAUCAACUACACCAAGGAGGACGUGGACGCCGUGCUCAAGAAGAAGUACCCCAACGGCGUGGACCUCGUGUUCGAGACUGUCGGCGGCGACAUGUUCAAGGCCGUGACCGGCAACCUGGCGGUGCACGCGCGCGUGAUCGUGUUCGGCUACAUCUCGGGCUACCACGGGGACAAGUCGGCCGAGCCCAUGCUCGUGAACCAGCUCAACCCGACGCUGCUCAUGAAGUCAGCCAGCGUGCGCGGCUUCCUGCUGCACAACCACGCCAAGUUCAUCCCGUCGCACAUCGAGCGGCUGCUCAAGCUCAUGGCCGAGGGCAAGCUCAACCCAGGCGUGGACCCGACCGAGUUCCGCGGACUCGAGAGCAUCCCAGAGGCCAUCGACUUCAUGUACGCGCGCAAGAACAUCGGCAAGCUCAUCAUCAAGCUCGAGUGA